CUCCCAUGGAGAAGGACGAUCUCGUCCGUCUCGAGACAGUCCUGUCGAACGAGGAAAACCUCAAAGGCGACCACAUGAACUACGAGCGUGUAGACAAGGAACUCGCCAAAUACACAGCCGGCGAGCGUAUCGAGAUCUCCGAGGCAGAGGACAAGCGUCUCAAAAAAUUGAUCGACCGUCGUGUUUUGGUAGUCAUGAUCUUGACUUACUUCCUUCAAGCGCUCGACAAAGGAACCAUGAGUUUCACCAGUAUCAUGGGCAUCCAAGAGGAUUUGCAUUUAAAGGAUAAGGUAUGUCUUGUACUAGCUGGUUAUGGUCAUAGACUAACUUGCUCCAGNUUCUCCUGGUUGACAACUUGUAUCUACAUUGCUGUCCUACUUGUCGAAUAUCCUACCAACUGGAUCAUUCAACGUGUGCCCAUCGCCAAGUACCUCUCGGCCAACAUCAUCCUUUGGGGUAUCGUUCUUGCGCUCCAUGCAACAGCNAAAAACUUCACCACUCUCUUGGUCUGCCGCACCUUCCUGGGUAUCUUCNNGGAAGCAGUUUGCCAACCUGCUUUUUUGAUCAUGUCCUCCCUUUGGUACAAGAGAGAAGAGCAGGCUCAGACUGUGACUUACUGGUACAUCAUGAAUGGUGCGCAGCAGAUUGUUGGUGGACUGCUUGCUUACUGCUUUUCUCUGCUCGGUAACAACAGAGCUGUCAAGUCAUAUGAGGCCAUCUUUAUCACCUACGGAUCUGCCUCUGUACUUUGGGGUGUGUUCGUGCUCUUCUGGCUGCCUGACUCACCGAUGCGUGCCAAGUGCUUCUCUGAAGAAGACAAGAACAAGAAGUUCCGCCCCGAGCAGGUCAAGGAAGCUCUCACAGAUCCUCAGCUUUACUGCUACAUGUUGAUCCAGAUCUGCACCACACUUCCCACCAGCGGUCUCGGUGCCUUCGCCAACAUCAUUGUCAAAGGCUUCAAAUUUACUACUCUGCAGACACAGCUCUUGGCCAUGGUACUCGGCGCCUACAUCGUCAUUGUCCUACUCUCCUCAACCUGGCUAGUCAANAAAACAGGUCAAAACCUGCUUGUCAUGGGCGCAUUCGUGAUCCCCUCUUUCGCCGGCACGAUCGUGCUCAUGACAGUUAGAAACACAGAUACCGCCACCCAAGCAGGACUGCUGUUCUCAUACUAUAUCGUACUUUCGUUCUGGGCAGCCCAGACUUUGGCCAUGUCAAUGCUAUCUCGCAACGUCGGCGGCCAAACCAAAAAGUCCAUCGUCGUGGCUGCAAACUUUGCCGCUUGGGCUGCUGGCAAUGCUAUUGGACCUCAGGUGUUCUUGGCGUAUGAUGCGCCUCGCUAUUUCAUUGCGUUUGCUACGCAUAUGGGUUGUUAUGUUUUGCUUGUUGUUGUUAUUGUGUUUUUGCGUUGGUGGUUGAUGAGGUGUAAUGCUAAGAAGGAUGCUUUGGCUGCUGCUGGUGUUGGAGAAGCGAGGGAUGAUAGUUAUACGCAUGCAUUCGAUGAUUUGACGGAUAGGGAGAAUCCCAAUUUUCGCUAUGUUUAU